AUGUUCCCAUUCAGAUUGAAUCCCCUGGGUCCUGUAAAUGCGAGUGCGGAUCGCUCCGCCGUGACCGAAUGUGAACCCCCUGACUAUCCGGCGGACGAAGAAGUCGCGACGCGUAGUGGCUACGGCGCAGGGCUUGCGAAACUCGGCAGUGCGAAUCCAGAUGUUGUCGCUUUGGACGGAGAUACCAAAAAUUCUACUUAUGCCGAUCAAUUUAUGACACUCCAUCCGAACCGCUAUUUCGAGAUGUUCAUCGCGGAGCAAAAUUUGGUCGGUGCUGGCAUCGGUUUGGCAAAACGCGGGAAGAUUCCGUUUGUCUCCACGUUUGCUGCGUUUUUAUCGCGUGCCUAUGAUCAGAUUCGGAUGUCUGCAAUCUCACAAGCGAAUAUUAAAUAUGCGGGUUCACACUGUGGGGUCUCAAUCGGCGAAGAUGGUCCCUCGCAGAUGGGUUUAGAGGACAUCGCGAUGUUCCGGGCAAUUCCGGGAGCAGUCGUGCUGUAUCCAAGUGAUGCAGUCGCCGCUGAACGGCUUGUCGCGGAAGCUGCCGCAUACGAAGGUAUCGUUUACCUUCGCACCUCACGCCCAAAAACCUCUAUUCUCUACGAUGCUGACGAGAGUUUUCCAAUUGGUGGGUGUAAGGUUAUUCGGGAAAGCAGUGAAGAUAAAGUGACCGUUGUUGCCGCAGGUAUUACCCUUCACGAAGCGUUGAAAGCACACGAAAUACUGGCUGCAGAGGGAAUUGCUAUACGCAUUAUUGAUCUGUACUCCAUCAAGCCGAUUGAUAAAGAGGCACUGCAGAAGGCGGCAUCCGAGACGAACAACACCUUAAUCACCGUUGAAGACCAUUAUCCUGAAGGGGGUUUGGGUGAUGCUGUCCUUGAUGCUGUGGCGACGCAAGGGGUCUGUGUCCACAAACUUGCUGUUACAGGAGUGUCGAGAUCCGGGAAACCGGAGGAACUCUUGGAAUAUCACGGCAUUAGUGCGGACGCUAUAGUGGAAAAAGUUAACAGUCUUUAG